GGGAAAUACAAUUGUUGCUGAGUCCAGUAUUGAAGACAAGUACGUGAGCUGAUCGAUACGCGACUUUGGAGAGUUUUGUAACCCUGUUUUUUUGUAACCCUAAGAACAAAUAACACAUUUAAACCAACAAAUGGAAAACAAGGAAACAGACGGAAAGGAUGUUAAAUAUUAUCGAUUGUCAGAGGUAGAGGAACGGAACUCUUUUAAAAGCACAUGGAUUAUCAUUAAUAAUAAAGUGUACGACGUCACAAAGUUUCUCGAGGAGCACCCGGGCGGAGAGGAGGUGCUGCGGGAGCAGGCGGGUGGAGAUGCCACAGAGAGUUUCGAAGAUGUGGGACACUCGACAGAUGCACGAGAGAUGGCCAGUUCUAUGGUCAUAGGAGAGCUGCAUCCAGAUGACAGGGACAAGCUUGCCAAACCAGCAGAUCCAACGACCGUACAGGAAAGCACAAGCUGGUGGUCAAACUGGUUGAUACCUGCGGUCGCUGCAGUAAUCGUCACGAUGAUGUACCGUAUAUACACGGCAGAGGAGCCAUGAGGCGCUGGUUCUCUCACUUUCUCUCACUUAAUCCAUUUCAGGUUUUCCCAUUACCAUAAAGAUUCUACUAAUGAAG